GACAUCCUAACAGCGUGGGCUGGAACUCGCACAUCAUCUGAGAUUGCUGAAACUUUUUAGCCUGUAAAAUAUCUCUUCCUGAAGCUUCUCUGGGUGAUGUUUGAAAGUCACACUCUGCCCACACACGCGCAGAGGAUCGCUCAGCUCGACGAAAAGUACCAACGAGACAUUGAUAACGGCAUAUUUAAACCUUACACCUAUCCGUUUUGCGCCGUGGGUAUCCUCGCAGUUGUUAUCUAUUUCACGAUUCCCCACAGAAACAGGCCACUGUUACGAGCUUUCCGAUUCGUGCUUUGGGGCGCCAACCUCACGUUCUCACUCUACGUGAUUGUCCGCUUCCGCGCUCGCAGAGCACCCAUCGAUUAUGCUGUGGGACUUAUUUCCUGGUGGUUCGUGCUCUGGACAGCAGCGGUCAUGGUUGUCUACGAUGGGCAGCUUGAGUUUGCGCGAAUCGAGCGGGCUGUCGGAGCUACGAGAACAUUGCACUCUUCGAGAAAAUCGGCCGCCGAAAUGGUAGAGCGAUGUUCAGAAAAGCCCAAGAAGGAAAAUUUGCGAGAAAGCAACGCUAUUCUGCCACUUGUGUGGCAAAGUUACCCCAUGGGUUCAUUUCUGGAGCGUGUGGAUUGGGUUGUUGACCUACUUAGCAACUUUAGAGGAAUGACUUGGAACUGGAGAAUUCCGAGCAUUCCUGGCCCGCCAACAGAAGUGCAAAAUCUUCUCAAAGAGAACAAAAGCCAUGAAGUUAAGCAGAUAUCACUCCCACGGCUUGCAUCGUCGCCAAUCUCAAGAGAAGAGCGUCUGCGUGACGCAGCCCGCACCUUCGGCCUUGGUUACCUAUGCCUCGACUUCAUCCGGACCUUGACGAUCCACGAUCCAUACUUUAGAGGCCUGGGCACGCAAUACAAGCCAGAAUACAUGCCCUUGGUCGUACAAAACUCGACGGUGCUUAUUCAGUCGUACCGCCUACUCGUAGCUCUUUUUGCCAUUUAUUGGGCGCUGUCUACGAUCUUUUCUCUCGCGCCCAUUGUUUUCUGCGGCGUUCUCGGGGCUGGCACGAUCGGUGUACGCGGAGAACCAUGGGUUUAUCCUGGAGAAUGGGGCAGUUUCCGUGCCGUGCUCGAUCAUGGCCUCGCAGCGUGGUGGUCUGUUUUUUGGCACCAGACCUUUCGGUUUGCCUUUGAAGCGCCGUCCAGGCGUCUUAUCGAAAUCUUGGAAAUCGAUCGGAGUUCAUUCAUUGGUAAGACUCUGCGCCUUUUUGUGGCAUUCGCUUUGUCGGGUAGCAUUCACGCAUCGGGUAGCUACACCUCAAUUGGAGAUACCAAGCCUUUACGCGGGCCAUUCUUGUUCUUUAUCCUGCAGCCUUUUGGUAUACUUGCCCAAAUACUUGCUGCUGAGUGUCUUGGAAAGGCAGGUAUUGCAGGGCGAGUGCCUCUCGCGGCUCGCCGGGUGACCAACGUCGUCUUUGCAUAUACGUGGUUCUAUUUCACAGCUCCGAUUUUUAUCGAGGAUCUAGCUAAGGGCGGGACAUUCCUAUAUGAACCUGUUCCUUUCAGCAUAUUUCGGCUGCUUGGACUCGGUGGCAGGAAUGAAUCGUACAUCUGUUGGACUUCGCCUUGGACAUGGUUCACGUGGCAGGCCGGGAAUCGUUGGUGGGAAACUGGGCUGUCAACAUGAAGGUUUGAUGUCAACUUCGAACAUCUUCAUGUUCAGACGUUAACGCGUCACCGAUAUGAGCCA